CUUUUGCUAUUGAUAUCGAUAAUAACAUGUUAAUUAGCUAUCUCAAGAAAGUCAUUAAAUCAGAACUUCACCCACAAUUUGAUAAUGUAAUACCUAAAGACAUUAAAUUGUGGAAGGUCGAAAUUCGUGACAAUAAUAUUGGCGCAUUAUCUAACCUUUCCUUACAUGAUAAUGAUGAAAUUCUCCCAACUCGAAAAGUUAAAGAAUAUUGGCCCAAUGCUCCAGAAAAAGAACACAUUCAUAUCAUAGUUUCUUUAUCUACAUCCUUUAAUCUAAGCACCAGAUAUUUUGAAAUAUUUUCAUAUAAAAUAUGGUCGCUUGAACAUUUUGUUGUCAGCAGCAUUUAUAGCAAUAAUUCCAUAGUAGACAAGGACAACACACACCGCGCAUUUUAUAAAAUAUUAGAUAAUAUUUCCAAUAAUCAAACAAUUCAGCAGGAGGUUCGUGAUCACGCAAAAAGACUUUUGCAAACGAAAGCGAAUAACCAUAUUGCUAAAUUGGAUGAUGAUACCAUAGAAGUCAACCAAUCUUCAAUUAAUGUCACCUCCAUUGAAACGAAAAAUUCUAAUGAUACUCCUAUAUCUGAUGUAUCUGAUAAUAACUUGGAAUUGGCAUCCUAUACAAAAACUGUUAAUAUUAAUAGUGCAGAAUUAUAUUCUUCUGAUUCAUCUGAUGAAGUAUCGGAACUUGAUAGAAAUCAAAUUACCGAACAAAUUUUAAAGCAAGAUUUUAUUAAAUCUACUGUUAUAGCAAAAUCUAAUGGGAUAGAUAAUGAACUCUCUUUGGAGAAAACAAUUGAAGGUUCUAUGCAAUGUUUGGCUUAUUGGUUUGAAAAAGCUAUCAAAUCCGGUAUAAAAGAAAUAUUAUAUUGGUAUACUUAUUCUCUUGAAACUGAAAAUAAAGUUAAAAAUAUGUCAGCAGAUAGAAAAAUAAAAGAGAAGACAGCAAGAUCAAUGAUAUAUAAAGAAAUGCUAAAAUAUCUACCUAAUGUUACUCCAG